UGCAGCGCUUCGCCGAUGGGCACGACGAGCGCCUCUCCCUCUUCCUCCUGCUGCGUUGCCGUGGCAACGCUCGCGGAGCGUCGGCUGCUCUGUAACGGAAUGGAAAGGAAGAUGGAGGAGAACACUGUUAGAGACGUCGAGACUGAGAGUGAAGCUGGAGGCGAGGACGCCUUGGUGGGAAAUGUGAACAAGCUGACAGUGAACCCACCAGGUUUCUCUGGAAAUCCACGAAAAGGACAUCUGGUUUUUGAUGCUUGCUUCGAGAGUGGGAACCUCGGCCGGGUUGACUACAUCAGUGAGUUUGAGUUUGACCUCUUCAUCCGCCCUGACACCUGCAACCCCCGCUUCAGAGUCUGGUUCAACUUCACAGUGGAGAAUGUCCGCGAGACACAGAGAGUCAUUUUCAAUGUGGUCAACUUCUCCAAGACCAAGAGCCUGUACAGAGAUGGCAUGUCUCCUGUGGUCAAGUCUACCAGCAGGCCCAAAUGGCAGAGGCUUCCCGCCAAAAACGUCUACUACUACCGCUGUCCCGACCACCGGCGCAACUACGUCAUGUCCUUUGCCUUCUGCUUUGACCGGGAGGACGACGUGUACCAGUUUGCCUACUGCUACCCGUACACCUACUCCAGACUGCAGCACUACCUGGCCGGCCUGGAGCGCAGGAACCUGCCCUACCUGCAGAGGGAGCAACUGGGACUUAGUGUGCAACAACGGCGUCUCGAUCUGUUAACCAUCACCAACACCGCGAGACAUCUGAGUCCCGAGCGGGAGAAGAAGCUCGUCUUCCUUACAGCUCGUGUUCACCCCGGAGAGUCUCCUGCCUCCUUCAUUUGUCAAGGUGUGAUCGACUUCUUGGUAAGCUCGCAUCCCGUGGCUCAGAUCCUAAGAGAUCAUGUGAUCUUCAAGAUUGUCCCCAUGCUAAACCCCGACGGAGUCUACCUGGGAAACUACAGGUGUUCUUUGAUGGGUUUCGACCUGAAUCGCCACUGGCAGGACCCCUCUCCAUGGGCCCAGCCCACGCUGCACGCUGUCAAACAACUCAUAGUGCAGAUGAACCAAGACCCGAGAGUCAGUUUGGAGUUCUACAUCGAUGUCCACGCCCACUCCACCAUGCUGAAUGGCUUCAUGUACGGCAACGUGUUCGAGGACGAAGAGCGCGUCCAGAGACAGGCCGUCUUCCCCAGACUGCUGUGCCAAAAUGCACCAGACUUCUCAUUUUCCAACACCUCCUUUAACCGGGACAUGGUGAAGGCCGGUACCGGUAGAAGGUUCCUCGGUGGUCUCCUCGAUGACACGUCCUACUGCUACACUCUGGAGGUGUCCUUCUACAGCUACAUGGCGGCCGGCAGCACCGCUCCUGUGCCGUACACUGAGGAGACGUACACCAAACUGGGCAGGAAUGUCGCUCGAACCUUCCUGGAUUACUACAAACUCAACAACCACAUUAAAGACAACAGACCGAUUCAUAUUCACAGCUCGGAGGUGACAGGCGACAGCGACAGGAAGGGAAACGGCGUUGGCAGAGGGGCGGGAGACAGAGAGACGGAGAGGAGCCGGGACGUCAGGCCCUAGACAAUGAGACCGAAGGACAGACGGACACAGACUGAGCAUGUAUAAAACGCAGCGCACCGUAGCACGAGGAUCCUUCACACUUCAUUGCCUUUGGAAGCUCCUCAUCUCGCUGGCUAUAAAGACUUUUUUUCACAGAUUUGUGACACUGGGAUGACUGGUACUUGCAGGGGCUAAAAUCAGAACAAGCAUCCUGUCGGGUUAUUUAAUGGCUGUAAAACGUGGAUUAUUAAAGGCCAGGGGAGGAACAUAAUGGUUCCCCAUGUGAAGUCCAUCUGUGGCCUUCAUUCGGCAGCUCUUUUUUUGUUUUCUAGCCACCUAAAACAAGGCAUGUUUCCCUGCUGUUAUCUUAUUUCCUGAAUAUGGUGUCAUGCUGUUAUCUCAUUAAAUACUUACCCCUUUAUCAAUACUGCCAA